UGGUUUGGCGUGCUUAACGCGUGAGAAGCGGGUGUUAAUUGUAAUAUUAAUGAAAAUUGAAAGUGAAUUUUUAGAAAUUCAAGUGCAACAGAAUUUUUUUGUAAUCUAAUUACAUAAACUCAUCAUCAUUGCAUUAUAAGGGGGAAAUGCAAGAAAUAAAAUUUAGGUAUGCGUUGCGUGCAUGCUCGCAACAUAUGAAAUCCAAAUUGAAAGUGAUUUAAAACUUAUAUGGCAUCUAUUAGCGAUAAAAAAGCAAUUGAAGAAAACGAUCAAACUCCACAAGCACAACGAAUUGCAGAAGAAAAAUUGCCAUUGCUUAAAGAGAGUGCAGCCACGGGAAUGAGUAGUCACUUGAGUGGUGCUCAGUCGUUUGUACAGAACGCCUUAAGUCACAAUAAAAGUCAAGCUCAUCACCAUUAUCAUCGUCAUCAUCAUCACGGUCAUAUACCUGGGCACAGUGAAAGUAGUCAUCGUAGCCACCGUAGCCAGCACGCCAAAGAAAAUGCCCUCAAUCGACCGGUUGGUGCCGGCGGCGGAAGCAAUAAGAAGGGCAUCGAAAUUUUGGAUUUUCAUGAAUCCUGGUUGGAGGAAAUGGCAAUGUACAGAGACAUAAUGUACAUGCAUAAGAAUUCGCAGCCAUUGAUGAGCACUCCUAAUCAGGCACUGCUAGGUAACCAAAAUGCAAGUAGUGAUAUAAAGAUAUUGCGUAUGACUGAAAGGGUUAAUGCAACAUCGAAAGUCAUGGCCGCGAAGUCAGCCCACGCUAGUAUAAAUACUAGUAAUACCAAUUGUACGGGUAAUAAUAAUAGCAGCAGCAACAAUAGUAAUAAUGCUAAACGCAAGGGAGCAAUAACGCCAACUACAACAAACGGCGAGAGCAAACAGCGAGUGCGUGUCGGUUCAUCAUUAGCAGGCCUUGAGGCGGCCACCAAGGAAGCGAAGCAAAAUAUUGGCAACAAUCGGUUAUAUUCAAAGCGGCCACGUGAAGAGACGCCCUCUAUUGCGUCGCAAAAGCUUGCUACUAACAAUAAAGUUAGCUCAAAACGUUCUGGAAACACUAGUCCACGUGGACGUCACAAUAGUCCCAAAAAAGGUGCUCCAUCUGCUCCAAAUCAAACUAAUUCUAAUAAUAGCACUGCCGUUAGCAAUUAUUCCAAUGCAAAGAAUACCUCACCUUCUACCACAACCCCGCACAAGACUAACAUGAAGAUCAUUGUAAAUCAGUUUCAUGCUAGCAGCUUGUUGAGCGGUCACGAAUUCGAAGAAAAAGCCAAAAUACUAACACAGAAUGGCUUAACGAAAAAUUCAGCUUCUACAGCUUAUGAGGCGAGCUUUUAUGCAACUAACUAUUUAAUGCAAACCGAUCAAGGACAACACGGUAUGACCCGUAUUUCAAUGGGAGAUUGUAGUAAUUAUGUUGGUGUUUCUUUAGCGAAAAGUAACGAGAGUCAUCGCAUCGGCCAUUCAGAUGAUGAUCCUUGUGCGGCAAUAGACGACGUGAAUACAUAUACGGAUACCGACUCGGAAGAUGAAUACGUUGGCGAACCGUUUUUCCUUGAGGAAGAUAUCGGCAAGAGACGUCAAAGUAAACAUAUACGAUGCCCCUUAAAUCAGCCAGAGAUUCCAGAGACGGAGAUUUCGGAUACAACGUCUAUAUCAACGCAGUCCGAAUACUUUACCCCGAAAUCGAUAUUAACUCCAAGUCUGUUUCCCAACGUACCGCCUUAUUUGAAUUUCAGUUCACAUGCCGACAAAGGUCCUACCAUGCCUCAACAACUGCACAAAAUCUUAAAAUGGAAAUUGAGUCCUGUAAUGCCGAAAAUUGUUAAACGUGUUGUGUUAAACUCUGGUUUUCGAGUAAUCAAAAACACAACCGAUUGGAUGGCCAUUUGGGAGAAACAUAUGAAAAGUCCUGGUUUUCGUACCAUCCGUUCUCAUCAAAAAUAUAAUCAUAUGCCUGGUUCAUUCCGCAUUGGUCGUAAGGAUACUAUGUGGCGCAGUAUACAACAAAAUGUGAAGAAGUACGGCAGUCGUGAAUUCGGUUUUAUGCAAAAAUCAUAUAUUAUGCCGGAUGAUUUGGAGACGCUAAGGCAAGCUUGGCCUAAAAACGCUUCACGACUAACAAAGUGGAUUGUUAAACCACCCGCAAGUGCUCGCGGCACAGGUAUACGCAUUGUUAAUAAGUGGUCGCAAUUCCCUAAAGAUCGUCCUCUGGUAGUACAAAAAUAUAUAGAACGCCCUUUGUUAAUUAACGACAACAAAUUCGAUAUGCGAAUCUACGUUGUAUUGACCUCUAUAAAUCCUUUACGAAUAUACCUAUAUAAAGAUGGUUUAGCAAGGUUUGCUUCGGUUAAGUACAGUUCCGAGCUAAAUAGUUUAGAUGAACGUUGCAUGCAUCUGACGAAUUAUAGCAUUAAUAAAUUUUCUCAAAAUUACUCCAAAAACGAAGAUUUCAAUGCUUGCCAGGGUCACAAGUGGACGUUGCAAUCAUUAUGGUCUUGUCUGGAAUCACGCGGUAUUAAUACAAAGCGUCUAUGGGCGACGUUGCGUAAUUUAGUGAUUAAGGCUAUAAUUAGUGGUGAAGCGGGUCUGAAUCGAAUGUACCGUCAAAAUGUGAAUUUUCGUUACAAUUGCUUUGAACUGUUCGGUUUUGACGUAUUAUUGGAUGAGAAUUUAAUACCCUGGCUUUUGGAAAUUAAUAUUUCACCUUCGCUUCACUCAGAAUUGCCAUUGGAUUUACAUGUAAAAGGUCCGCUUAUACAGGCGGUUUUAAAUACCGCUUUAUAUCAAGUUCCUCCGAAACUCAAUGAGAAACAACAAAAAGACAUUUUACAAGAAUUGGAACUUGAAGGCCCGUUAUGCCAUGACAAACGCAUAUUUACUACAUGCCUGACGGCCGAAGAAGUACGUAAACACAAUCAUUAUACUAAUCGUUCUAUGGAACUGCGUGAAGAAUAUAUAGAUACGAUAUUAGAAAAUUUAUUGCCCGAUGACGUCCGCUGUUUAAUUGCCUCGGAAGAUGAAUUGGCUCGUUGUAAGCCAUUGGAGAGAAUCUUUCCCACCGCUAAUACUCAUGUAUACUUGAAUUUUGUUGAUAAUCCGCGUUACUAUAAUCGUUUAUUGGAUGCGUGGGAGACUCGUUACGGUCAUUGUCGUGAACACGGUAUUGAAUUGUUGGCUAACUUGUGCAAAGAGAAUUAUCAUUUAAAUGUCUCAGACGCCGCGAUGGAAAAAGAGCCUAAUGUUAGCGUUACCGAGAUCGAUAUGUUACAUGUUAAGAAAAGCGACGAUAGUCCUCCAAUGAAUACAUAUGAUACCUCAAAUAUGCCUAUUGCAAAUAAAUUUAGUGAUUCUGAUGUUCAAAGUCAAGCGUCUAAUGAUGGUUUGCAAGAUGAGCCAACAUUAAGACCAGUUGAAGGCCAAGGUGACGAACUUCUUACUGCUAAGAAUGAUAAUCACAAUGAGUGUAAAAGUGCGCCGGCCAAAAUUCUUAAAAAUCUUAAGAAAAUUAAUAAAGAAAAUGAAAUAUAAUGUAAAGACUGAAAGACUGCUUAAAUCUUAAUAAUAACAAAUAAACAAUAAAACAACAACUUUAGAUGAUAUUCUAAACAAAUAACAACAAUAACAAUA